AUGUCGUCCGAAAAAGACGUAGACGUGAAUAGUAUCAAAGACGAGGACAGCUCAGUUGACAACGGAAAGCGGGAUCUCGAGAAAGCCAUUGCGACCGAGCCAGAGAGAGCUGUAGUUGACAACGUAAACAAUUCUAGCCUGUUCAAGGACGACCAUGAUUACGAUCUUGAAAAGCACCUGUCGCGGAGGAGUACGCGACACAAAGACCAAAUAGAGCAUGAAAAGUAUCCCGAAAACGAUCUGGACAAAGGCAUAGUCGGCUGGGAUGGUCAAGACGACCCGGCGAAUCCUAGAAACUUCCCUGAUUUCACAAAAUGGUGUCUCUUGGGGUUGGUGAGUAUCAUCACGCUCAUGAGUCCGUUAGCCUCGUCCAUGUUUGCGCCCGGUGUCUCCUUCAUGGACACAGAGUUCAACAAUACGAGCACGAUCUUAAGUUCUUUUUCCGUGAGCAUUUUUGUCCUUGGAUUCGUGGUGGGCCCUCUCUUCCUCUCUCCACUUAGCGAAAUCUACGGUCGCCGUCCCGUACUUGAUUGUUCCAAUUGCUUCUUCGUCAUCUGGAAUCUCGGCUGCGCGCUAGCUCCAAAUCUCGCAGCUCUCAUGGUCAUGCGAUUCCUUGGGGGUAUCGGAGGCUCCGCGUGUCUGACAAUUGGAGGCGGCGUCAUUGCUGACCUGUUUGUAGCUGAGCAACGAGGCCUCGCUACAGCCGUCUACAGCCUGGGCGCGUUGUUUGGUCCUGUGGUGGGUCCCAUAUGCGGUGGAUUCAUCGCUCAACGCGUAGGGUGGCGGUGGGUAUUCUGGGUUCUUCUAAUUGGCUCCGCCCUGGUAACCCUCGGUAUCAUAAUUAUGAACCGAGAGACAAAUCCUACCGUUCUUUUACAAAGAAAGACUAUCCGUCUUCGGCGGGAGCUCGAUCGUCCAGACCUCCUCUCGUUCUACGCGCGAAACAAGACCGAAGAUCAGCUUCUUCGCCGGAAUGUUCUUAAAACGGGUAUUUUGCGCCCGUUGAAGAUGCUUAGCAUGUCCCCCAUUGUAUUUCUCCUCUCCGCCUACCUUUCCUUCGUAUUUGGACUGCUCUACCUUCUCUUCACCACCAUCACACAAGUCUAUAUGGAAACAUACGACUGGCAGCCGGAGAUGUGUGGGUUGGCAUACCUGGGGAUUGGCAUUGGGUUCUUCCUCGGCAUACUCUUUGUCGCCAAGACGUCCGAUGCGACCAUAAUCCGUUUAUCGAAACGUAAUAACGGCGUCUACGAGCCCGAAAUGCGUCUUCCAGCCGUUGUUUUCUUCGGCAUGCUGGUGCCAAUAUCGUUCUUCUGGUACGGUUGGUCGGCAGAGAAAAAAGCCCACUGGAUCGUGCCCCUGGUUGGAUUAUUGCCGUUUGGGUUAGGACUGAUGGGAAUCUUCGCACCGAUUCAAACCUACCUCAUUGACGCCUUUCCGGAGUACGCGGCUUCAGCUGUCGCCGCACUUACAGCACUCCGGUGCCUUUUUGCGGCUUUUCUGCCGCUCGCGGGCCCGUCCAUGUAUAAGAGCUUGGGAUUAGGAUGGGGCAAUAGUCUGUUAGGCUUCGUCGCCCUCGCGUUGAUUCCGGCACCUGCUUUAAUUUACAAAUAUGGGGGAAUGAUUCGCAAGAAGUAUCCUAUCGACUUGGACUGA